AUGGUCACCUAUGCAGGUAAGUUGGUUUUGGCGCCAAUGGUGCGUGCUGGAGAACUACCUACACGGCUUUUGGCGCUGAAAUUCGGCGCAGAUCUGGUCUGGUCGCCUGAAAUCAUCGACAAGAAACUGAUCCAAUGUAAACGAGUGGAAAACCAAAGCUUGCGUACUGUGGACUUCGUUCUUCCCGGACCUAGUGAAAAGAAGCCGUCGAGUACAGUUUUCAGAACUUUUCCGGACGCAGAAGCUGGAAAAGUGAUAUUCCAGUUAGGUUCUUCAACUCCUGACCUGGCCGUUCAAGCUGCACUGGUCGUGAUCAAAGACGUCGACGGGAUCGACUUGAACGCAGGCUGCCCCAAGCAUUUUUCGAUCCAUUCUGGGAUGGGUGCAGCACUUUUGCAGAAGCCUGACAAUCUGUGCUCGAUUCUGAAGUCGCUGGUCGAGCAAGUGGGCAAACCGCACCAGAAGCCUAUAAGUGUGAAAAUCCGGCUGCUUGAAGACGAGGCCCUCACUGUACAGCUGGUGAAGCUGCUGUGUGGUACAGGUAUCUCGAAUCUAACCGUUCACUGUAGAACCACACCAAUGCGCAACAGGCAGGCGCCCAUCAGAGACUAUAUUCCAGCCGUCUACAAAGUUUGUCAGGAGAACAACGUUAGUCUUAUUCUUAACGGUGCCAUUCAAAGCCGCACUCAUUUUCUGGAACUGCGCGAACAAAUGGGAAUCUCGGAUCAGAUUGGUGGAAUGAUGGCUGAUUGCGCCGAAGGGAACCCUACUGUCUUUAGCAAAACGCCGUUGCCCUGGUUCGAGACUGUCAAAGCAUACCUGGCCAUUGCCUCUCAGUUCGAUCACAAUGUAAACAAUGCCAAGUACAUGCUAACCAGAAUUGUACCGGGGAAAUCAAAGUUUUAUCAAUAUUUUACUCGUUGCAAGAGCAUGGCAGAGCUCGAAUACGUGGCAAAGCUUUUAGAUGAUAAAGGUCAACCGCUGGCCGAUCCAAUAGAAUACUUGGAGAAUUGUAGACAGCAGGAGAAACUGGCCAAACAAAGGGCUGGCGAUAUUAAAUCACAGUUGCAUCGAGCCAAAUCAAAGACGCCUGGUGCUGCUGAAAACGCGGAGUGUGAGCGUAAGCGCGCUGUAGAAUCUGAUGGCAACACGGACAAUAAAAAGUUCAAAACUGCCUAA